AUGGACAGGCCAAUCUACGACGACAGAGUGGACAAGCCAACGUUGACCUUUCACGGAACAGUCAAACUCCACGGUUCGAAUACGGGCAUCGUCUACUUGCCCGACGGAACCACACAAUUUCAAUCCAGAAAUUGCGUGCUUUCGCGUACCAGCAACUUUGCGGGCUUUGUCGCCCAUAUGACUAAGCAUUCCGAGCACGUGGCUCGAUUGAAGAGUGAAAUCUUGGUGGCAGGGGGAGCCAGCCCCGACGAUGCUUCCCCCGUGGUGGCUGUGUUUGGGGAGUGGUGCGGCGAUACCAUUCAGAGCGGUGUGGCACUGGCCCAACUCCCCAAGAUGUUUGUGGUGUUUGCAGCGUCUGUGGACCACAAAUGGGUGAACAUGACGGCGCUGCCCCGCAUUGUAGUUGAAAACGAACCGGCGCGCAUUUAUCACAUUCACACGUUUGGCGGCUGGACAAUCGACAUUGACUUCAACUUGCCCGAAUCGUCGCAACCGGAAUUGGAGCGGCUCACGGCGCUUGUAGGGAGUUGA